CUUCCCUGAUGUUUCUUCCUGAAAAUCACUACAAUUCCGCAUUCUCCUUUUGCUCCCAAUUAACCCACCGGAACAAUGUCAAUUGUCCCUACCAAUGGCCAACAAGGCAGGGUCAGUGAUCCAUUCUCUCUAGACUUAUGGGAUCCAGUCGAUGUUUUAAACCCAUUCUCCCAUGGAUUCCCUUUCCCUUCAUUUCUUUCCUCUGAAAUUUUCCCAUAUCUUGGGACUCAACUCAACUGUGUAGAAACCCCAAGUGCCCAUGUCUACAAAGCCUACCUUCCGGGCGUUAGCAGAGAUGAAGUCAUAGUUUUCAUUGACGAUGAUAGGAUGCUUCAGAUAAGCACCGAGAAUGGCAACUUCAUGAGCCGGUUCAAGCUGCCUGAGAAUGCCAGGACGGAUGAGAUUCAGGGUUUCACGGACAACGGGAUGCUCGUUGUCACGAUCGGGAAAGAUGUUGCACAGAGGCCAAAUGUUAGGGACGUUGAAAUCACUGAAUGAUGUUUUUACUCUCUUGUUUGUUGUG